AUGGAUGUGCUCAAGUUGGGAGGGACAGAAAUGAUAAAUAGAACCCAAACUAUCCUGGCCAUUCGAAGAACGGUUUGUGUUCCAGUUCAGCGCAUUGAUUCCGAAGGCAUUUGGUUAAAAGACAAUCCUUUAGAUUUUCCAUAUCCUCUAAUGUUGUUCCAAAUCAUCCUUCUUGUUCUCAUCUCCCGAGCGCUUUAUUGUUUGCUAAGACCUUUGGGACAAACCAAAUUUGUCUGCAAUCUCCUGGGUGGCAUCAUCUUGGGGCCUUCCUUGUUAGGGCACAACAAGGCAUUAAGGGACAAACUGAUGUUCGGAGGAAAAGAGGUUGGAUUGUCAGACACUAUUGCUCGUGUCGGCGUAAUAUACUCGGUAUUCUUAAUUUCAGUGAAAUAUGACAUGGCGACGUUCAAAAUGAAGGCGAAGAAUGGUUGGAAGAUUUGUUUGGUGGGAUUUCUCUUUCCAUCCGCAGUCACCUCAAGCUUGGUUUACACGAACGCCACCACCAUUUCCUGGCCCAGUGGAGGAACAUUCUUCCUUUUAGCUCUUACAUUUUCUUUAUCUUUCACAUAUUUCCCUGUCGUAGCUGAGGCCUUGGAUGAGCUCAACCUCAUGACUUCUGAGUUGGGCCAACUUGCCAUGUCAUCUGCCACCAUCAACGACAUAAUCCUAUGGAUCUUCACGGUGGUGCAUCUCAUAGUUAUUCAACGAAGUAUAAACGGCGGAGCUAAGACUUUGGUUAGCUUAUUGGCAUUGAUAUUAUUCACUGUUUUUGUCAUACAGCCGAUUAUAAAAUGGAUCGUCAAGAGAACACCAGAAGGACAAGAAGUAAAGGACGGCUAUGUGAGUGCAAUGCAAGUUAUGCCUCUUGUCAUGGCCUUUCUCUCUGACAUCAUAGGCAUGAGGCCUGAAGCUGGGCCUAUCCUUUUGGGGUUAGUCGUUCCAAAUGGACCGCCUCUUGGUGCAGCACUAGUACAAAAGACUGAAUUCGUGGUCUCCGAUAAUUUUCUGCCCUUGUUCUUUUUCCGGGUUGGCUUGACAGUAAACGUCUAUUCUGUGGACGAUUGGUCGAGUUUUAGAAAACUUCAGCUUAUGCUUACCAUGUCGUAUGUUGCGAAGAUUAUCGCAGUUACGGUGAUUGCGUUGUGCUGCAAAAUUAGAUUAAGAAAUGCUUUCUUGCUCAGCAUGAUGAUGAGUAUGAAGGGCCUAAUAGAGCUUAUCGUUUACGAUGCAUGGAAGGCUGUUAAGGACAUAGAUGAGCAAUUUUUCACUCAUAUCGUGUUGUCUGCUCUUGUGAUGACCAUGAUCGCAUCGCCGUUGGUACGGUUUUUUUACACCCCUCCCAGAGCAUCGGAAACCAUACUUUCCCGAAUCAGAAACAUCCAAUCAAUGCUAAGCAACUCAGACAUGUUCCGCAUUCUUUGUUGCUUCCACAACGAAGAGAGUAUCCCCAACAUCAUCUCCCUCCUCGAAGCCUCAAACCCGACACCAUCAAGCCCCAUUUACGCCUACGUUGUCCACGCAGUCGAGCUGGUUGGCCGCGCUGUACCCCGACUAGUCCCCUUUAACACUGAAAAACAGAAGAAAAAAUACACCCGCAAAAACUCAGCCACCCGUCAAAUGGUUCGAGCAUUCGAUAACUACUUGAAAAUCUCCAGCGGGCCGGUCAUAAUCCAAGCAUACACUAUGAUCGCGCCGUAUAAAUUUAUGCACGAGAGCCUUUUUCGCCUGGCUGAUGACAAGCGUUGUUGGACCAAGUAUGGUCGCAGCGAUACGACACUUCAACGCAAAUGUGCAAUUAUAUUCCCAGUGUACGGUCGGGAUCCUAGUCGACAGAGGCAUGUCUUGUCCGCUGAGCUCAACGACCGCGAGGCGUUAGCCUUCACGGCACGCAUGUCUGGCAAUCCAAAUGUCGGCAUGACGGUGUUCAGGAUAGCUUUGAGGAGUAAAUUGAAAGAACGGAAUGAGGAGGAGCAGGUGGCUGCAAAGCUGGACGAGUCGUUGGUGGAUGAGUUCAGGCUAAGGAACAUUGGGAAUGACCGGUUGGACUGGCGGGAGAUCGAGGUGGACGACAGCGUGCAGCUUAUGGAUGCGGUUAUGAACUCGCAGGGGAGUUAUGAUCUUGUUAUUGUGGGGCGGCGGCAUGCGGAUACGACGUUGAGGGACGAGGAAAUGUCGGAGUUUGUGGAGAAUGCAGAGCUGGGAGUGAUUGGUGACAUUGUUGCUUCCUCGGAUUUUUGUGGCGGGCAGUGGACUUUGAAAUUUUGGCAAUGCAUGAUGAAAUCUGCGCCGGCUAACAAAAUUUCGCCCAAUGUGGUCGAAGGCCAUCAACCAUCGAACAGCGAAACGUCGACUGAUUUUUGA